AUGAUUGAUACUUACCACAACGCACCGUCUCCAUAUUGCAUCAGCGCAGUACUGAUUAUUCAGUCACACACUCCCCCUCCUCCGUUUCACAAGGGUGAAAUCUUUCAACAAGAUAGACCACAUCGUUCUCUUUCUCCCCUAGAGCUAUGUCUCCAAAACCCCCUUUUGCCAGGAUCUGACUGUCACAACUUUGCCAAUAUUUGUUUGAUCAAGGGGCUUCAAACUGGCGCUCAUAAAAGGUCCCAGGUUUUUGUUGUAAGAUGUGUGGAUGACUUUCAUUCGUCAGGUCUAUCGACAGAUCAGGACAUGAUCGCCAAGUUCUAUGACCCUCUCUACCACGACCGUGACGAUGGCAAUCCUUUCCGGGCAGCUGACUAUGAUUACUCGCACGAGUGUGCCUCUUAUAAGCGUUUGUCAGAACUACAAGGCUCUGCUAUUCCCCAGUUCUUCGGCUCCUACACAUUCAAAACAGAGAUCGAUGGGCAUCCUCGCCAGGUUCGUUUGAUAUUGAUUGAACGAGUCAAUGGUCUGCCCAUGAGUCGUCUAGAGCCCAAGAGAUUCUCAACAGAGGAGCGCCAGGAUAUUAUGAAACAGAUUGUUGAAGCAGAGUCUGCACUUUACGCCAAGGAUGUUUUCCAUGAAGACUUGUGUCCACGCAAUAUCUUGAUUGAAUGGAGUGGGCUGGAAAGAGUAAGGGUCGUCAUUAUUGACUUCGGAAAGUCUGUUAUUGGACGGUCACGCAAUCCUUCGAACAGUGAAGAAGAGAGUCAAUGGUUUCCUGGCGUCCCAAUCAGUCCACUACUUAGAUGGAACAUCUAUUAUGGAUAUCCUAACAGCUUUGAAGAUUGGAUUGACUGGUCGUGGCAGGAAUGGCUUGAGUUUCAGUACAAGGAGACUGAAUCCGCGAUCACAGAUGAGCAACGGCAGAUGUGGCCAGUGUAUGACUGGAUGCUGGAGAUUGGACCACCUUCAUGA